GCGUCGUGUGACUGAAAGAAACAGGCGACGCUCAGAAGUGAGCAGUGAGGACUUUAAAUGUAGGUUAAUUCCAAAUGUGUACUUUUUUAUCGAUUCAUCGACCGUAUGAAAAACUACUCUUUAUUUAUAAUUGAUGUCGGAAUAAACUCUAAUCGUUUCCGUGAACUUUGGAGCUUCUCGUGCUAGCUUAGCUUGCUAGUUAGCUUAGCAUGAAUUGAUUAACGUGGACCCCGACUUAAAGAAGUUGAAAAACGUAUUCGGGUGUUACCAUUUAGUGGUCAAUUGUACGGAAUAUGUACUGUACUGUGCAAUCUACUAAUAAGUUUCAAUCAAUCAAUCAAUAAAAAGCUUGCUAGUUAGCUUAGUUUGCUAGUUAGCUUAGCUUGCCGGCUUCUAACAAAAGAGACUUGGACGUUAUCAACAGAUCACUAAGCAGAGAUCAAGUAGGUGAAAAUGUGCGAAAGAAGGGUAGCAGAGUACGAGGAGGAACUUUCUCCAACAAAAGAGAAGAAUGAGCGACAACAUCGACUGGAAGCUGUUUUGAAUAAACAUCAAGUUGUGUUACACAGACCAGAUGCCCGGCAGUUGAUUGGACAUCAAGAAGAAGGUCUCCCUCAGCCGCAGGGGAGAAGCUUCACUUUGAAGCAGGAGGAUCCACAGCCACCACAUCUUCACACGGAAAAGGAGGAGUCAAAGCCCCCACAUGUUAACCAGGAACAGGAGGCGCCACAGACACCCCACAUUAAAAAGGAGGAGGAGGAACUCUGGAUCACACAGGAGGAAGCGUGUCUUCUAGGGCAGGAGGAGGCUGAUCUCACCAAGUUUCCACUGACUGUUGUCUCUGUGAAGACUGAAGACCAUGAAGAGAAACCACCUGAGUCCUCACAGCUUCAUCACAGUCCAAACGUCCAGCAGCUGAUUGGUUAUCAAGAAGAACCUCUGCUUCAGUUGAAGGAGGAGCCACAGUCCCCCCACAUUAAAGCGGAAGAAGAGGAACUUUGGAUCUCCCAGAAGGAAGAGUGUCUUCCAGGGCAGGAGGAGGCUGAUCUCACCAAGUUUCACUUGACUGUUGUCUCUGUGAAGACUGAAGACCAUGAAGAGAAACCACCUGAGUCCUCACAGCUUCAUCACAGUCCAAGAGUCAGUGAAGAACAUCUUCUCCCAAAGCCGCAGGAGGAGCCACAGCCCCGCCACAUUAAAGAGGAAAAUGAGCCACAGUCCACCCACAUUAAAGAUGAAAAGGAGGAGCCACAGCCCCUUCACAUGAAGGAGGAAGAACACAGCAUCAGUCGGGAUGGAGAGCAUCUUGAAGGACAGGAGGAGUUCCCAUUGAUUAAUGUCCCUUUUAAAGGUGAAGAUGAUAAGGUCAAAGGUGAAAGUGAGGAGAAGAGAGAGGCGGAGCCUCCAAGCAGCAGCUCAACAGAAGCUGAUGGAGACCACUGUGGAUUAUCACAAGCAGACAAGCUCUUAGCUCCACUGUCAGAUAGUGACGACACAACGUCACACUCUCCUGACACUGACGACACGCACUUGAAAUGCUCUCACUUCAACAACUGCCUGCUGGAAGUGCAUGGAACACAUCCGGAAACCAGUGAGAAAUGA